AUGGGAACAGUGGGCGGGCCCUUCCUCUUUGCACCCGCCCCGAGGAUGUGGGGUGGGGGUGGGGGAAGCCCUCGCGCCCUCAGGCAGCAGUUGCACUCUCGGAUGCAGCGGGUAGGGAGCAGUUUCUCCACCGGGCAGCGCGAACCCGGGGAAAACCGGGUAGCUUCCCGAUGUCCCAGCGUGGCCCUUUCUGAACGAAAUCAAGCGGCCACACUACCAGUGAGGCUGCUCAAGGAUGAUCUGGCUGCGGCACACGCCAAUGGCUGUGAGGAACCAAGUUUCCAGAUGAAGCUGGAUGCCCAUGGUUUCGCUCCGGAGGACUUGGUGGUGCGGAUAGAUGGCCAGAACCUGAUGGUGACCGGCAAGCGGCAACAGGAGUCGAAUGACCCGUCCAGAGGCCGCUACCGCCUGGAGCAGAGUGUGCACCGACAAAUGCAACUCCCGAUGACCUUAGAUCCUGCAGCCAUGACAUGCAGCCUGACCCCCUCUGGCCAUCUGUGGUUCAAGGGACAAAAUAAGUGCCUACCUCUCCCUGAAGCCCAAACAGGCCCCCAAACAGGCCAGGCCUUGAGAUUCAAGAGGGGAAGUUCUAAGUGCCCCAACCCACCUUAACGAACUAAACAACCGAGGCGUGCAGUAGCCUUAA